GUCAAAACAGCUGAUUUGUGCUUUACGAGUUUUUUGAUUUUUGAAUAAACGCUUUGUUUUCAUUAUUCUCACCUAAUAAAAUAUUCAGUGCCGAAAUGGCGGAAAUACAAACUCUAAUAGAAAUGGGAUUUUCCAAAGACCGGGCGGAGAAAGCUUUAGCUAUUACUAACUACAAAGGCGUGGAGCCUGCUAUGGAGUGGUUACUGGCUCACGCAGACGAUCCGCAAAUGGAGACCGGGCAAACACUUGGGGGCAGUACCACGGCCACAGCAACCGUUCCCGAAGCAGCGCCGGCCCCGGCUGCCACAACUGCAGAAACAGAAUCCGCCGAAGAAGCGAAGUCAUUCAAAUGCGACGAAUGUGGUAAACUGUUCAAAAAUCAGGACGAAAUGGAAUUUCACGCGGCAAAAACGAAUCACAGCAGCUUCUCAGAGUCCACAGAGGAAAAAAAACCAUUGACUGAAGAGGAGAAAAAAGCUCAGUUGGCCCUACUCGAGGAGCGGAUGAAACAAAAACGGAAAGAGAGAGAAGAGCGAGAGAAGGCAGAAGCAUUGGAGCGUGAGCGUCUUCGUAUCAAAUCUGGAAAAGAUCUGCAAGAUGCCCGUCAAAGAUUACAGGAACAAGAGAUGAUGAAACUCGUUGAACAGAGGAGAAGGGAAAAGAUUGAGGAUCAGAAGGCAAGGGAACGUGUCAGGGCACAAAUUGAAGCAGACAAACAGGCCAGAAAAUUAGCAGCGUCAGGUCAGACGGCGUCGGCGCCGGUGCCCGCGGCCCCCGCCCCCGCACCGGCAGCGCCCGCGCCCGCGUCCGCACCCAAGGCCAACUACGAGCAGGCUAGGAUCCAGCUGCGACUGCCCGAUGGAAAGGCAUUGGCGCAUACGUUCGGUGCUAAGGAACAACUGGCUGCUGUCAGAUUGUACCUACAAAUUAAUGCUCAAGAGUUUGCUCAGCAAGAUUUCAAACUGAUGACCACGUUUCCAAAGAAAAUAUUCACUUCUGAGGAUUACGAAAAACCUCUGGAACUAUUAGGUCUCGUCCCAUCGGCCGUCAUAAUAGUUUCAAAGGGUGUAUAACAAUCAGUGGUGAUGACUGUGUCUGACUACGCCGGUUAGAUUUGGAAUAUUUGAGGUUAUGGGGUGACGAGGAAACUCUGCAAAUGUAUGAUGAUAAUAAAGUUGUGUAUGUACCACUAUUGAUAUUUUAUUUUGAACUAGCUUCGGCACGCGAAUGUGUUCGCGUUAACUUUAGUUUCACGCAACUUUCGUAGAAAAACCCUGUAAGAAUCUUUUACAAUGUAUUUUAAAAACUUGAACAAAAGAUGGAUGGAAUCGGUAGCCUUUCUCAAGUUAUGGCGUGACCAAGGUAAAUAAUGGUUCAUUUUUAUAUAUCCUCGACAAUCGCCGUGGCCUAGUGGUUCGUACGCCGGGUUCAUGGUGCGGGCAGAUGUUUGUGUAUGAUGAAUACGAG